AUGCAAGCAUAUUUUUAAGAGAAGGAAGCUCUAGCUGACAUCUUUGGUCAUAUAAAAGAUGUAGACGAGCAAAAGUUUGGUGUCAUAUUAGAAAAAUUAAGAAAGGAAAAAGUUUAAGAUAUCAUUGGAUAUCUUUCAGAAAAUGUGAAUCAAAGGCAAUUAGAAUCAUGUAUCUUACAAAAAGGAGUUGUUAUCACCCAGGCUGAUAUAGAAUAGAAAUUGUCUGUUGUGAGAAAUGAUAUCAUAUCAAUGACAGAAGCCUUAAGAAAAUUAAAAGACCAUGACUUCAAUAAGAAGGACUAUUCCUCUGAAGAAAAUGAAGAAUCUACAUAAAGUUUAAUUCAUAGUAUCAAGGAUUUUAAAUGGAUCAUUGAAUUUCUAUAAUUUUUAGUUCAUCUCACAUCCAUUGAUGAAACUUUUAUAUAGGGUGGGUCUAAUUCAUUAUAUAUAUUAGUUUAAAUGAAGGUUGAUUUUAGAAAUAAAAGUUUUGAAAAUAUAAAGAUAUAAAAUACAUCUCUAGUAGGAGCUAAUUUUGUGAGGUGUAAUUUAAGUGGUUCUUAAUUUAACAAUGUCAACAUAAGUGGAAUAAAUUUGAAUGGUGCUUAGAUGUUCAAUUGUUAAUGGAAGAACAUUAAAGUCCAUGAAUUGAAUAAGUUGGAUGGUCAUAGUAGAAUAGUUAAGUCAGUCUGUUUCUCUCCUGAUGGAAAUACAUUAGCUUCUGGUAGUAUAGAUAAGUCUAUCCGUCUAUGGGAUGUCAAAACAGGAUAAUAAAAAGCCAAAUUAGAUAGUCAAAGUGGACAUGUUAUGUCCGUCUGUUUCUCUCCUGAUGGAAAUGCUUUAGCUUCUGGUAGUGAUGAUAAGUCUAUCUGUCUAUGGGAUGUUAAAACUAAGAAAAAAAUAGCCAAAUUAGAUGGCCAUACUAGUUAUGUUUACUCAGUCUGUUUCUCUCCUGAUGGAAAAACAUUAGCUUCUGGUAGUGCUGAUAACUCAAUCCGUUUUUGGGAUGUCUAGACAGGAAAAUAAAUAGCUAAAUUAGAUGGUCAUACAUAUUUUGUCUACUCAGUCUGUUUCUCUCCUGAUGGAAAUACAUUAGCUUCUGGUAGUGAUGAUAAUUCUAUCUGUCUAUGGGAUGUCAACACAGGAUAAUAAAAAGCCAAAUUAGAUGGUCAGAGUGGAAGUGUCUACUCAGUCUGUUUCUCUCCCGAUGGAAAUACAUUAGCUUCUGGUAAUAGAGAUGGCUCUAUCCGUCUAUGGGAUGUCAAAACAGGAUAAUAAUAAGCCUAAUUAAAUGGUCAUUCAAAUUCUGUAAUGUCAGUCUGUUUCUCUCCUGAUGGAAAUACAUUAGCUUCUGGUGGUAAUGAUAACUAUAUCCUUCUAUGGGAUAUGAAAACAGGAUAAUAAAAAUUCAAAGUAGAUUGUUAUGAGCAUUAAGUAGAAUCUGUCUAUUUCUCUCCUGAUGGAAAUACAUUAGUUUCUGGUGGUGCUGAUAAAUCUAUCCGUCUUUGGGAUGUCAAAACAGGACAAUAAAAAGCCUAAUUGGAUGGUCAUA